AUGGACGAUCCGUGGGGCUCACCCUGGGCAGCGCCAGACACGGACAAGGACCAAAAACAACUUUCGCCGAUCAAGUCCGACAUUGCUUUGCCGCCACGGGCCUUCCUCUCCGCCUCCAGCUCUCCCCGAAUACCUGCUGCGCCAGAACAGCCACCCUGGGGAGGUGACGAAGACGGUUUCGGGGAAUGGGCGACAGCUUCUGAGACGCCCCCAGCGCAUUCCAUUUGGGCCGGGGCCUGGGGAGGUUCGAGUCCAAAUCUAGCCGCCACACCACGAGAAGAUUUCCUCAGCAAGGCCAGCCCGAUUGCGUGGCCUGUCAGCGUAGCCACGCCAAAACCAAGAAAUGACUCCGCAUUUCGACAGCCAUCUCCAGACCCGUGGGCUAGCGGAUUCUCUUCCCGGAGACCUUCGAAUGAGGCUGCCUCCACCCCUCGUCUGGUUGUCGAAGCCGCAUCACCCGUCGAAGCCCCACCUGACCUGUUGGGGAAGGAUGGCUUGGUGAUUGAAGAAGGCAGAGUGUGGGAUAAGACAAACGCGGUUGAUACGUCCGAGCAGAGCCCUACUGAACCGCACCAAUCGAAUACCGUCAACCCCAAGCAUAUUGCCGAAGACGAGCUUGAGGAACAGCCCGCGUCAGCUUCUGACAGCCACGUGCGCGUUAGUGUCGAUUUGGCAGCACAGAACCGCGAUUAUCAGUCGUCGACGCCCUCUAACGACAAAACAGACCAGGAGGAGGAGCGCCAGGCGUCGCCGGGUACGUCCGACGAUGAGGAACCCAAGACACUACGACCGAUAUCUAGAAAACUCUCGGGGAAAGUUCAAGAGCUUGUCGUCAAAUUUGAUGGACUUGCCAGGGCAGCUAGCGAGGAACGCGAGCCUAUUCAAAGGGCGCGUAGCAGGAGUCCCCUAAGAGUGGCCGCCGGCGAGAGCUCAAGUGAGCCCAGCGACUUCGGGGACUUCGAGGAGACUGACCAAACCGAAUCUCUACCUGUCGCUGAACCCUCAGUGGCAGAAACCCCACCAGAACUUCCACAAGUGCUCAACACAGCCCCCGCUGCAUUGUCGUCACCUCCACCCGACAAGACCUCGACCCCAUCUCCAAUCGCCAAGUUUGGUCCUCUGGAUUUUCCUGUGGACCUAGUUUCACUUUCCGAGCUGUUUAUGGCUCCGACAGAGCCCGUCAAGACAAGUAUCGUGGAAUUUGAGUUACCGGAUCACAUCAUAAGCGACAGUUUUGCUAAGAUCUCGGAGCGCAAAACCUGGUAUCGCAUUUCCCGGUUAGGGUCAUCUCGGAGACACAAUGCUGGAGACGACGACAAUUACAGGAGGGUUGCCUGGCCCUCAUCAAGCGUUCAUCAUGAUACCAUCAAGAUUGUCCGCCGUUGGAUGGAGGAAGACUCCAUUGCAGGGCGUGUUGCACUUGGCGGCGGGAUAUCCAAGACGCAAAAGAAUAUGUUUGGAUGGGAUUCAUCCGCAGAGCCCGUUGCCCUGGACGCUGUGUUUGGGAAGAAGAGAGCUUCGCACUCGAGAGCCUCGUCACUCCAAUCACUUCCCACCGCCGGCCUCAAAGGGAUCGACGGUCCUGCGAGGUCUCCGCUGCAAGGCCCCACACAUCGCGCAUCAGGUAGCGCUGGGCCAGCUGCUGCUUCAUUUGGUUGGGACAGCAGCUUACCUGCUCCCUCAGCCCAAACUGAUGAGGUGAACAUGGAAGCAAAGCCUCCCGAUGGGACUGCGGCUACGGUUCCUCGAUCCCAUGGUAACAUGGUUGACCGCGGCGACGGCGACGAUGAAUGGGGCGAAAUGGUUACUUCGCCUGUGGCGUCCCAGCAUGCCACAGACGGCUCAUCCUUGCAAGCACCGGUCGCUGUCCCGGUUUCUGCAGCACCCGUCUCGCAAGAGCUACGACCAGUUGCGCAAGUCAUAGAGGAUCCCUGGGGAAAGGCUGAUUUCUCGGUAUUCGGGUCGGAUCAUGCAGAGUCAUCCCCCUCUACCGCCAAACUCCAACGCACGCCGGCUAAGGGUCCAACAACUGCCUCUGAAUUGGCGCCGGCGAGCUCCAUGCCGCCACCAAUACCUGCUAGGCCCUACCCAUCAUCGACGCCAGUGAGACCAACGAGGUCACUAGUCAGCAAUGCGCAGGACGCACAUGAUGAAACCGCGCAACGCAUCAUUGCGAGUCUUCCAGACCUUUCUUACAUGCUUCGUUAA